AGCCAAUCCCUCCCCUGACUAGAGAAACGUCACUCUCAUGUAACUCAGAGCAGAAUGGCGGCUCUUUUGGAAUCGCUGCUGGACAAUAAAGUAAAGUUAAGCGAGGUGUUGCUUUGGCUCAAAGACCGACAUGCUUGUGCGUCACAAGACUUUCCAGUAAAGGUCUGGAAACAGGAGUUUGUGCCUUUCCUCUUAAAUUUUUUACGGGACCAGAGCAGUCACACUUUGACUCAUGGCCCCACCACACCUGCUAAGACCCCCAGCACCUCCAGAUCUGUCCGGACUCAAUGCUCUUCUGAGCGGAGGGGAGGCAAAUCCACACCGGUCCAAGGACUGCGUAACACCAGUCGAAUCCAACUCUUUUCUCCUGCCCCAUCCACAUCCCCGAUGGGUGAAAGGAGUGAACAGGAGACACCGUUUCCUGGCUCUCAUUCUUUUAGUGGUGUUAGUGCCAUGAGCAGCCCCUCUUUCAGCUCUCUAUUGAGCCCUGCUGCUCGAAACACACCCAACGAACGACGCUCAGCCCAGCGUCACAGUCUUGGAGACUUCAUGACGUCACCCACAGACGCACAGCAGCACAAAGGCCGCAGGAGGAGUGGAGGUUUUGGGGGGUCUGCAAACAGCCGACAUUCGGGAUCUCGGAAUGCACUGAACGAGGAAGGAGGUCGCUGGGAUGGAGGAGGAGGAGGCAGGAGGAGUAGAGGUGUGGGCAGGAUUGAAACAGUAUCACCUCCCACGCAGAUGCAGCUAAACUUUAAUAAUUUGGAAGACUUUCCUCCUAUGGCUGCUGCCCAGGCUUCACCAAUGACAACCAAACCUUCACGGAGAAUUAACCCAACCCUAGUGAGUGCAGAACGGCCUAGCUCUAAACCUAUGAGCUGCUUUACGUCUACCCCUGUCAGCCUGUCUGCCAGCCCCCCUAUUACUUUAGAGAGCAUCACAGCCAAACCAAACUGUGGAAGCCCUCACAGCCUGCAGGAAGAGCGAGAGUUACUCAGGAGAGAACGGUCUAAACUUGCCCAGCAGACCAGCUCUCCGCUAAAGACCACCCCCAUUACCUGCACCCCAACCAAAACUGUGCACAGACAGGGGUCUAAAGUAACCCCUGACCCUCAGGCACCGUGCCCUGACCCUGAUAAGGUCACGCAAACACCAGAGUUAAAUCUGCUAGCAGAGCUGUACUGUACCUGCAUUUCAGAGAAUCUGGUUCCAUGUGUGAUCCUGGAGCUGUUCUUUGUGCUUCAGCUUUUGACAUCUCGGGGUGUAUCUGUCUCUGAACCUACCGAGGAGGGAGUCAGCAUAUGUGAACACAGCCCAGAUGUUCUGGAGAAAGCUUACCUGGGAAAUGUCCACAACUGUGUCUAUUUUGCAGUGAGAGUCUUGGAGCAUCAGUUUGAGUUGGUGUCACACCUGGACAAGUGCACUUUACGGCUCCUGUCUGAGAAUGAGAGAGUGGGGUCUUUUUCACCUGCCCUCAGAGAUCGCCUGGCACAAUCUCAGGACAACUGCACAGCUAAUGAUCUGCCCACUCCACCAUUGUUCGUUCAUUCGGUGCCAUUCCAGCCAGCAACAGACAACCGUUCCAACUUCAGCAGCGAUAGGGCCUUUCACACUUUUAAGAAACAGAGGGAUGUGUUCUACGAGCUGUUGAGAGAAUGGGAGGACUCCCAUAAGGAACCUGGCUGGAAUUUUGAGGCUGCAAUAGGCAAUAGAGUCAGGAUGAUGGUUAGUCAGCUCACGGCCGCAGGAAAUCAUUCUCACUUUGCCAGGCUUUUCCAGAAGCAGCUCAUCCAGAUGUGUAAGGGCACUUGCAUUCUGGGUUCUUCUAAUGAAACCCCUGAUGCCGAUCUGCUGGGCAUGCUGGGAGCAGACAGCUUAGGUCGUCUAAAACGUCUACAACAGCGUUUGGUCCAGCCACAGGGCCUUAUUGGUCCCUGCCCUCCACCUUCUUUCCCUGGACACCAGGAGUUUUUCAGAGACUUUCUUCAGACAGCCGGCUGCUGUCAGCUAAACCAACACCUAAAAGAUGGCCUGUGUCAGGAGCUUCUAAAGUUGGAUGAGGUGUCCAUUCUUGGCCCAGAUGCCAGCCCAGCACGGGGAGAAGAGACGAGUGAUGGAGACAUGGAGCAACAGGAUGAGAAGCAGCGAUUCUCCUCAGUGCUCCUCAUGGCUCGACUGCUGGCUAAGUUUUUGGGUUUCAUCUGCUUUCUGCCUUACCACACCUCUGAACCUCCAUCCAGAGACAUUCAAGAUGCCGCAAUCACUCUCCGCAGUAAGAGUUCUCCAGUUCUGGAUGUGUGCGCAGUGUUGAGAAGCUCUAUGCACAGAAGACGAACAAUUUUGACGGUGCCAUGGAUAGUAGAGUUCCUCUCUAUGUUGGACUACACUGGCCCAUUUCUGCCCUUUUACAGGACCGCUUUGUGCCUGCUUCUCUACAUCUAUAAGAGGAUGGUGUUGGGUCGAGGGGAAGAGCUAAGUUACAUGAACCAGCUACUUUUAGUAGCAGUGUUGGGCUGGCUCUUUCAGAUCCCAGUCUUUCCAGAAGAUCUCUUCUUCAGCACAGAUCUUGAGGAGGAAAUCAAAGAAAUGGAGAAUAACACGGGUGCCCAGGGACUGGACACCCUACCAUUAGUCGACCAACAGCUGCUCUACACCUGCUGCCCAUAUUUAGGGGAGUUUCGUAAGCUGCUUGCUGCAUUUGUGGCUGGAAGCACGUCCAAGAGCGGAGGCCUGAUUCGAAAGAUCACCCCCACAUCUGCAGAGCCGAGGGGACCGUCCAUCACCCGUUCGCAGCAAAAACUGCAGGUGGAUCUAGAACAGGCAUUUUUUCACAACCAGCCUCCAUCUCUCAGAAGGACUGUAGAGUUUGUUGCAGAAAGAAUUGGCUCCAACUGCGUCAAACACAUUAAAGCUACACUAGUGUUGGAGCUUGUGCAGGGGGGAGAGAAAACACUCAGAGAUGGUUUGGGUUUGGAUGGUAUCAACGCUGCCAAGCUUAAUGAUUCUAUCUGUGCUCAGCUCUGUGAUGCAGGCAUGCAAGCUCUGGAGAAAGCAUCCAGGUUCUGCAGUGAGUAUGCUCCUGGAGCUGUGAGAGCACUUCUGCCCCUUGAAACCUCUCCUGCAGUUUUGUCCACAGCUGAGAUUAUCACCACUCGUCUGGCUACAGAAAAGGCAUGCAGCUGGCUGUCCUCCAACAUCACAAUGCUUCUAAAGAGGGAGUGGAAGACUGCUUUUGAGCGAGUGAUGAAGAGUUUACCCUCCUCCUCUAGCCUGAAUUGUAAAGAGGGUGAGGGUACAAGCAAAAGCCAGCCUGUUCAGAGGAGUGCCGCAGAGCUCAGUGCUGGGUCCUCAUGUAUUUCUGACUGCACCCAUAAAGUCCCACUGGGAUCAGAAGUCAUGAUUGAAAUUAAGGAGGUGCUGAGUGUUGCAGUGGGACCUAGGGUUGAUGAAGAGGUUUUCACAAUUCAUCAGAUUGAGGUCCUACUGGACAGAGUGGGACAGACACUUGGAUGUAGAAAACUCCUCUCUCCUGUGGUUGAGCAGAUGUUGUUGCGUUGUACUGUUCAGCUGGCCUGCAAACUGGUAUCUGGAGAGCUGCCACUGGUUUCUUCAGACCAGGGCAACAAAAAAUCUGCUCUGCUAGAUAAGUUUCUACUCCUGUGGGGUCGCAGUCCCGCUUCUCCUGCACCUUUGCAUCUUCUUCUCAGUGAACCCACUCUCACUGCCACUCUAAGUGCCACAGACAGCGAGAGAACUGACUACCUGUUUCUGAUAAAACGACUUGUAGAGAAAGGGCUUCUGAAGGAGGAGGAAGUGGGCUCCCAUUGGUCAAAGUUGUCAGUGUUAUCGUGGCCAGAGGAGUCUGUGGAGAAGUUUCAACAGCUCUCAUUGGCCACCAAGUACCAAGUGCCUUCAAUGUCAAACCAAAUGGACAUACUGCAAGUCUCCCAGUGACCACUAGGGGACAUAGGAGUAUAGAAAUGAAUCUCAGUCAAACACUAUUGAAUUAAUGAGCAGUAUUUAAACAAAAGAAUGUAGAGCUCAUUUAAAUGAUUUUAAAAUGAUUUUAAAGUCUUGAUUUAUUGUUAGCUGUGAGGUGAACGUUUGUGACUGAAAAAUUGCUGAGUUUGAUAUUUGGCUGGAUCUAUUUCCUCACUCUGGUCGGGAUAAUUCAUAGUUUAUACAUCUCGAAAAUGAGUUUAAUACAUUUCAGGUGGGAUUUGCCAGUUUGUACUCACAAAAUAACAUAAUACAGACCCUUUACUAUGCCUUCUUGCCAUUUGCAUCAUGUAACUCUCUAUUUAUUGAAUUGUUUCUGUCAAUAUCUUACCUUAUUAUCUGAUUGUUGCUUGUAUGUUUAUGUAUCUUUGUGUGUGUGUUUAUAUUUGCAAAUGUUGAGUUAGAAAAGCCUCUGAUUUGCACUUGUAAUUACACUGUUCAUGUUGGACAAUAUUAAUAUCAGUUGAUUUUAAACUGCACACUUGUUUAAUGCUUACUUUAUCUAACGUAAUAAAAUGUACUUUAUUAUUA